CUGCUAGUUUAGUUUAGCAUAACAACAUCUUAUUAGAUUAAAACAAUCAGAUCUGUUAAUGAUUAUAAAUUAAUUCAGUAGAUUUCAGUAAAGUGAGUUUAGUGUAAGUGAAUAAUAAUGGCGGACUGGGAGGAAAUCCGGCGUCUUGCAGCUGAUUUUCACCGAGUUCAGUUUACUGAGUCAGUUCUGAGACUUUCAGAGAGGAACUGUAUCGAACUGAUCAGUAAGCUGGUGGAGGAGAAGAAGCUGGAUGUGAUUUACACUCUGGAUGGAAAAGAACUCAUCACACCAUCACACAUCUGCAAAGAAAUACGUGAUGAGCUCUACACACACGGAGGGAGGAUUAAUAUAGUGGAUCUGCAGAAGAUCAUUAACGUGGAUCUGGUUCAUGUAGAGAGUCGAGCAAAUGAAGUGGCUAAAUCAGAUCGAGGAACUCAGAUUAUUCUGGGACAGCUGAUUAAUGAACAGUACCUGGAUCAGCUGUGUGAGGAGGUGAAUGAUAAACUGCAGGAGUCUGGACAGGUGAACAUCACUGAACUUAGCAAAACUCACCAGCUACCAGCAGAGUUCCUCACACAGGAACUGACAUUAAGGUUAAACAGGUUGAUAGAUGGUCGGAUCGAUCAGUUUAAUGGUCUGAUCUUCACUCAGAACUUCAUCAACCGUCAGAAAGCAAAAAUACGAGGAUUAUUCACCUCCAUCAGUAGACCUACACCAGUGAAUACUCUUAUUGGUCAGUUUGGCUUACAGGAGAAUCUUUUAUAUUCUCUUCUGGAAGAGUUGGUGAAUUUGGGGAGGGUGAAUGGGUCAGUGGUUGGAGGUCGACAGGAUAAAGCUGUGUUUGUUCCUGAUGUUUACUGCAGAGCUCAGAGCGCCUGGGUCCAAUCCUUUCUAACACACAACUCUUACCUCGAAUUUGAGGCGCUGACCCGGCUGGGAAUCCCCGACCCAGUGAACUAUAUUAAGAAACGAUUUAAAGACAAGAAGCUAGUUUUCCUGAAGUCCGCUUGUGUGGAGUCGGCCAUAUUGGACCAGCUGGAGGCUUCAGUGGAAGAAGCAGUGACGUCCGACACCUGGAUUGACCUGCAGCCUCUGUUACCAAGCUGUCUAUCAGACGAUGAUACAGCAAUGCUAAUUGAUCAUGUGAUGCGGUCGGUGCAUGCUCAGUCCAGUGCUCGUGUGCUCGGCACCUCCGUCGUUACUGAGAAGUUUAUUAGUAGCUGUAUUGCGCUCUUUGGUAACAUCAUGCAGCAAAAAGCACAGACGGAAAUGAAGAAUGAUCCAGUGAUGUUAUUAACGGAGGACGAUGUGAAGUUAUCAUCAGUAACGAUGGAGAGUUCAGGUGUUAAACGUGAGAAGCGAGAGGAACGCAGGAAGAAAGUUACAGAGGGAAGUGGCAGUAUACGGACAGGGGGAGGAGGAAACGCCCGGGAAAUCAGAACCCGAAAAACCAAAAAGAAGAACAGGAAAAAUGAUGACAGUGAUGAUGAGACUCCAACUACACGAAAUAAGCAGGUGGAGGUGUUUCUCUCUGUGGAUGAGAUAAUGGAGGUGUUGGAGGAGAAGGUGUGUGAUUGUCCAGAUGAAACGCUGCAGCUCAUUGCUCAGGAGCUUGUCAGGCCUUUGUCAAAGGCGUACCAGGACGUGGUCCGCUCUGUGUUCCAGUCCUCCAGUUCCUCCUCUGCCUCUGCUGGGAAACGUAGACAGACAGCCAAGGAGCUGCAGGAAGAGAUGAACACCCUCUAUACCAACAUCCGGGUACUUGAGAAGAGCAUCAAACACUUCUCAGAUGAUGUACAGGUCCACAUUGUGAAACACAUCUUGAAAUCAGUUUGUACUGAUCUAACAAACACCCUGAUCAACUUCCUGUCAUCUGAUCACAUGAUCACCAUUGAUGAUCCCAACACCAUCACUGCUGAGUUUAGGUUGAAGAUCCUCACUAAACUUCCUGAUGAGAUUAAAGCUCCAUUGAUGAAGCUGAACACCAGCUUAAACGGGAAAAGUAUAGAGGAUUUUCUGUGCAGUGUUGAAGCUGCGGCUGAAGAUUGUGGUGUCCUGCUGAAGAAAGGAGAUAAAAAACGAGAAAAACAGGUGAUGAUGGUACAUAAAAACUCUCUGAUGGAACAGUUAAAGGCGGCGGAUGAUGAAGCACUCGUUCUGCAUCUUUCAGUUCUACUUAUGUUUCAGCAACACAUGCACUGCAUGCUGCUUGCUCCUGGACGCUGUGUGUCCAACAUCAUUUACACACUGCAGAGUAAAAUCCCUCAGGAACAGUACCAGCUGCUGGCUCAAUAUCACUCGCUGGUGGUAAAACGGUUGGUGGAGAAAAAGACGGAGCAGGUGGAGGGAGAGAGUGAUGGCUCUGAUGAGCUAAAAGAAAUACAGCGUCUCCGAACCGAUAUGAAAGAGCUUGUCCUUUCAUCCAGAAAAAUGUCCACCACUGAGCAGUAAGAAUAACCAGGAAAGCAUACAGCACUAUGCUUAAGAUGGAUCAGAGGAACAUCCACCGCUAAACAGUGAUAAAAAUCAGAGCAUCUACUACUAAGUGAUGAAAACAAGUAGAAGAUUUAGGUGUUUGUUGCAGCUCACUUCUGAUUUUAUGCUUAUUAAAACAGAAACUCUUAAA